GUUCACUGCCGGUGUCAACACGUAGUUGACACACGUACAUUCGCCGGUGGCCACUGUCAAUACGUUGUUGACACCAAAACUAUCCAUUUUUAAUAUAUUGUCACGGGGUCGGCUUUUAUCGCAUGUUAUUUAUUUAUUUAUUAAUAGAUUCGAUAGCCCGUGUAAAAUUGAAUGGUAUAGUUGGAUUCAUUUUUCGAAUUAUUUAUAGAAUAUUUUUCCUAAUUAUUAUUUUCGUUGAUAUUAUUUAAUAUCUUAAUAUAUAAUACACAUAUACCAAAUUAUUAUUGUUGAAAUAUUACACAGUUUUAUCUUUUAUGUUUGACAGUCAUUCUUCAACGUGCGUACAUUGUCGUAGUCAGUCGUAGUCACUAGAAUUGAUAUUAUUUUGUGUGUGUUUUUUUAAGUACAUUUAAAAUUGUUCAUUUUAAUCCUACAUAGUGAUAGUAUAAUGGCUUCUAUUCUUACUGAUGAAGAAAUACUCAGUAUGAUUAAUAAUGGAGAUUUUCUAUUGUCAGACGAAGAUUUUGGUCUUAAUUCUGGGAGUGAUAGUUUAGGUGAGGGCGAUUCUGCAGAUGACGAUUGUGAUCAAAAUAAUAUAGUUGAACAAAAUAUUGCCAAUCAAUCGCCUGCAUCGCUUACUGAAACAGAUUUAGCUUCACCACAAAUUAGCCGUGAAAACAAUUAUAACUGGUCUACUUGUCGUCCUCAAGUUAUAGAUAUUCCUUUUUCUGAAACACCAGGACUUAAAAUUUUUCCUAAAGGUAACGACCCAAUUGAUUAUUUUAAUUUAUUUGUUACAAACACAUUUUGGGAGUUUUUAGUUGAAGAGGCAAAUUCAUAUGCAGUUGAAGUCUUUUUGAACAGCGAUCGGUCUAAUUCUCGUAUUUCAACUUGGAAAAAUACAGACGUUGUUGAAAUGAAAAAAUUUAUUGCUCUUUUAUUUCACACUGGUACUAUUCGCGUAAAUAGAUUAGAAGAUUAUUGGAAAACCAAUGAGCUUUUCAAUUUUCAUAUUUUUCGAAGUACUAUGAGUCGUAACCGAUUUAUGCUAUUGCUCAGAGUCCUACAUUUUUGCAAAAAUCCCGGACAAAAUGAUAAUCCUACAAGUCGCUUACAUAAAAUUGACAAAAUGACAAAUUAUUUCAAUAAAACAAUGGAAGAACUUUACCAACCAUCUAAAAAUUUAUCGAUCGACGAAUCUAUGGUUUUAUUUAGAGGAAGACUUAUGUUUCGUCAGUAUAUAAAAAAUAAGAGACACAAAUACGGGAUUAAGUUGUAUAUGAUGACUGAGUCGUGGGGAUUGGUUCAUAGAGUUCUAAUUUAUUCAGGAGAGGGUACUGGUACAUCAGAAGAGUUAAGUCAUACCGAAUACGUUGUAGAGAAACUAAUGGAAGGUUAUUAUUACAAAGGCCAUUCAAUCUAUAUGGACAACUAUUAUAAUAGUGUCAAGUUAGCACAUUAUUUAUUAGAAAAACAAACAUACUGUACGGGUACUUUACGAGCCAACAGAAAAAAUAAUCCUAAAGCUAUAAAUGAUAAAAAAUUGAAGAAAGGUGAAACAAUUUGUCAAUAUACAGAAAAGGGAGUUGGUGUGGUAAAAUGGAAAGACAGACGAGAUGUGAUCGCAAUAUCUUCAGAACAUUCACACGAUUUGGUAAAUAUAACUAAUAGAAAAGGAAUAAUUAAAUCGAAACCUCUUUCCAUAAUAAAGUAUAAUGAAUAUAUGUCGGGCAUUGACAGACAGGAUCAAAUGCUUUCUUAUUAUCCUUGCGAAAGGAAAACGUUGCGGUGGUAUAAGAAACUAGGAAUACACUUUAUACAAAUCCUACUACUUAAUUCGUACUUAUUGUAUAAUAAAAAUGUAAAAAAAAUUUCAUUUUACGACUAUCGGUUAAAAAUUAUUUCGACUAUAUUAAAUUCUGGGGAAAAUAAUAUUACUAAAAGACAACCAACAAAUAAUAAUGCAUUACAUUUUUCAAAAAAAGUACCUAAAAAUAAAAACAACAAAAUCAUGUAUAAGAGAUGUAAACUAUGCAGUUCAAAAGGAGUACGAAAAAUGACGUCGUUUUAUUGUUCAAUGUGUGAAGACGAGCCAGGAUUUUGUCUAGACUGCUUCGAAGAAUUUCACAGAAGUAUAUAAAUUAAAAAUUAUGUUUAUUGUUUUAUUUAUAUUUAUACUUAUUUGUAAGUUAAAAACUACAGUUUAAUUCAAUAAGUAGUAUUUUUUUAUUUUAUUUCAUUUUAUUAAAUAUUAAAAAUAAAUCUAUACAAAAAAAAAGUUGAAUUUUCAUUUUACAUUUUUGUGUAACCGCUGUGUUGUAGUACAAAUUGAAAAAAACCAAAGUACUUAUAAACUCAAUAGUAUCGUAAUAUUAUUGAAAAACAUAAUUGUAAGUGUGAUGUAUGAUAAUUUAUCAAGUAUUUAUUUAGAUAUAAUUGUGGAUUCUUAUUUAUUAUUAGCAUGAAUCGGGCGCGCAACGCCGGUGUCAACACGUAGUUGACAGUAUCAGCCGAGACUGGUUUUUGGUUACGGCUACGCGCGCGCUAAUGCAUAAUUCGGUCGGCAGUGAACGU